AUGACAACCAUCAGCCAGCCCCUUCCUACCAGGGCGGAUAAAGGUUGGGCGGUGAAACGAGCGCUCCGCUCUUCAUUUAUUGUGUGAUGCAGAGUAGGACUGGCACGAGCGCUCUUUUCUGCGCUUCCGGUGCGCUUGAAGGCCGGCAAAAUUUUCCUUUUUGCAAACCUGAAAUCCUAUUUUCUUUCUGUAAUUUCAGGCUACAAUGUUAAAUAGAUAAAUUCGUUUCAUAACAAUGUCAAUAAACAGUUUCAUAUGUUUGUGUCUGUACGUCUAUAAGUCAAACUUUAAAUUCAUUAGCAUACAUAACCAUACCCAGAAACGAUGGAAAAAUAAAAAUUAACUGAAAUAAAAAUGAAAUACAACAUAUACAAAAUCAAAAUCUAAUAACACUACCUCUCUAGGGACACAAUGUUGUAGCAUAAGUUAAUUCAGUCUUGAAGACAUCUAAAUUAGUCUUCCAAAGUUUCAACAAUCUCAGCUACCUAAUAUUUUGAACAUUAAAUAUCAAGGUAGCUUCUGUUGCAGGUGUAUUCUAAUCCUGGUUAGUAACAUUUGCGAAGCAGCUCUAAUAUCCUAGUUCUGGGACCUGACGCACUAAAUGAAUUACCAGCAUUUUGAGUUUCCCUUCAACAUGAUUGGCAAAUGGACAAUGGCAUUUUUAACAGUCCAGUCCUGGCAUGUUCUCUAAUCCUGAUACACACACAGGGGGCCCAGAAGUAGGAUUUUGCCGCUGUUUUGCAGAUGGACUUAACCCAGAGUUUAGUUCCAUCUGUGGCACAGGGUAAUAUCAAGGGUGUUGGUUUAGUAUUACAUUAGCAGAGACAAAAUCUGAGUUAGAAGCAAACAAAAGGGUAAAUUUUCUCUUGGUCUUUAAAUGCCUUAUUUUGUAGUAUAAGGGACAAAAAAUCAAUGGUUCCUGCAUUUCUUUUUCCAAAAAAAACAACCGUAAAAGUAGAGUAUUCCAAUACAUGUCUGUAAAAUACUGUAAGCUGGUUUGUAGCAAAAACUUUAUAUUGAAGUGUCUUUUUUUCAUAAUUUGACAACAAGCAUUUAAGUAAUUAAUUUAAAACAUCUAAAAUCACUUAUCGAUAUCGCACAUUAUGGAAAUGACGAUCCCCAUUGUAUGUCUUGGCAGUUGCUCUGCCAAUGUUUGUCCCCACACGUUUGGCUAAGAGGAUGUUUUUCCAAUUGAAUUCAAAACAAAAAGUUUGUAGUUCUCGCCGUAUAUAUAUUGCUCCUUUCCUGUCUCAGUUAAACAAAACACUUCCAAAUACUUGCUUCGCUAGUGAACCGUACUCUCUUAUCCAUGGCCUCUCUGGAAACUUUCCAGUCGGGUUGAUUUCAUGAGUGCAUUUAUGCACCAGCAGAAACAACGAAUCUUAGCUUCAACCAACCUUGCUCGGUCUGUUCCACGCGGCAGCGUUUACGCUCUCAGCACAAAAGGAAGCAUUAUGCGUCAUGUUUAAACCGAUUGCAGUACCAAGUGUAAACGUUUCCAUUAUUAUGUCAGAAAUUUCCAUUUAAAAGGAGAUCUUUAAACGAAAACGCCACGUACAAUUGACAACAACAAGAGCACUUUUCUAUCCGCCAUUUUGCUUCUCCCAGAAUUCCACUGCAGUCGCAAGCUAAUUUCCAUUGUUUCUCGGUCCCGCCCUCUCCCCGCCUCCAGACCAGUUAGUCACGUGAUCAAAACACACUACUUCCUGGGACCACCGCGGUCAAACGUCUAAAUCGUUAUUUUUGUUUUUUAUUGCUGGAAUUUCACUUACCAGUUAGAUAAAAAUGGGGAAAGAUUUAUAAAUCAGUUAGUCAACAUAACUAUCUUUCCAUUUUUCUCAAAAUUUUGAGCUUUUUUCGCUGAAAACGCUUCGCGCUAAAAGAGAAUCAUGUUUGAAAAUGGCGCCGAUAAAAACGUCAGCAUCGGUUUUCAAUCACUUAGGACUUUUUUAGUAAACUUUGAAAAAGUUUAGUAAACUAACAGGAUGUUGGUAAUACCCUAAACUUUCGAUAGUGAAAGUAGCAACCUUAACUUUGAAGUAUUUCGCUUAACUUUUGCAAAUUUCACUCGUUUGACCGCUGUGAACUUCCUGGGCGGCCAUAACGUGGAGGAAAGAACAGUAUUAUUUCGCUUUUCUACGUUCUUCAUCAAUAAUGGUCGAUUACAUCAAAUCGUUUGGCAGGAAGCAAUCACGACAACAUAAACAAAGAGCAGUUUUACGCACCUUCGAUGUACAAAGCUUGAAUUUCUGUCUGGAACGGAAGACCUAAAGAAACGACUGUACAAGCUAAGCUAAGUGUUCAAGUUUAUAAGAGUGAUUGUGUUUUUGUCAAUGAUAGAUGGAUAUAAUUCGACGGUAAAUACAGAUCAGAGGUUGUGUGCUGGAGAAAAAACUUAUCAUUAGUUGCUCUUAAAAUCUGGGUCGGUAAUUUACAUGGACACUUUUUUCGAUUGACCUUUAGACUUGUAUUAACUACCAGAAAAUUUAGAUUAAUGUUGUGGCGGCAAUAAUUGUUUUUUUUUUCUCCCUUCAACCUACCUGUAUUGAUCUUAGUUACUUGAAAUGUCUUUCAAUGUUAGACUUUCACAAAGCAGUAGAAAAGAGACUCACUUUUUUAAUUAUAUUUUGUUCAGGGUGCAAAGAAAGUCAGCUUUACAGCUUGCCUAGCAUACACUAGCCUGAAAGCCAUUUUGACUAACCCCAAUUUUUUUUUUAUGAAUGGGACUGAUUACAGUUCUUCUGUAAUCUGAAUUCCCUAAAAAACUUUACUUGCCAGCCAGGCAAGUUAAAAACGCAGUUCACUAGCCCAAUCAUAAAAUCCAGUACCCCAGGGCUAGAUAAAGUUGUGUACUAUGGGAAAGUUCAUUUAAUAUGACAAGGGGGGGGGGAUGAAGAUAUUGAAACUCGAAGCUUGAAAUUUUAGCAGCCCCUCUCGCUAGCGGUUCAGUUUUUUAGGAGCCCCCUCCUUGGUAGUCGAAAAAAUUUCAGAGCCCCCCCCUCUCCUCCUUCAAUUCCUUUGCUGCCCUGAAAAAAGAUCGCUAGACUGUAUUAAAUAUAUUUACCGUUACUGUCUUCAAUGGUUUAUACUAUGACAAACUUGAGCUACAGUUGUGAUACAAUUUUCUAAAGCAUUUUUGGGAUGAACAAGAGUGUAAUAAUUACUGAGACUACAUUUGUUAUAUCUGUAAACCACGUGAUAUAGCUGAGUUGCACAGGUCAUUAAAUUGUUGAGUUGAAAACCAUCCGAUCUGUAUGAUGAUGUCAUGUGUUGGUUUUGAAGUAUACAAAUUUUCGGAGCCCCCCUCCUAGUGCAACAAUUUUUUCAGAGCCCCCCCUUCGGGUGUCUAAAAUUUUCGAGCCCCCCUCAAUAUCUUCCCCCCCCCCCCCCCCUUGUCAUAUUAAAUGAGCUUUCCCUAUAUGUUGUCAUUUUUGCAUAAACAAUACAGGAAUGAUUAUUCUUGUAUUGCUUACGACUAAUUAUUACGUGUAGUAAAUUGUGUAAAGUAAUUAAAUGUAUAAAUUAGAGGGCUGGAGAAGAAAUUAAUGAGUCUUAAGUCACCGUGGGAGUUUUUUUUGUAGGGGGUGGGGUGGGUCUGUGGCUAAUAUUAUUGAACACGGGUUAUUACACACUUUUGCGUGUCUCCCUCGCGCGCGCCCUUUCUCUCUUUCGCCCGCUACUUCCAAGCGCCUGCUACGCAGGCUAUGAGAAAUCAUGCAUUCUGGAAAUAGAAAACUAAAAAAGUAAUAACUACAAGACAAUUUGAACCUCGUUAAGAUUUGAAUGAUUUAGUGACUUAAGGAAACUAAAGGCGACCUAAGGCGACUUUAGGCGACUUAAGGCGAUUUUAGGUGACUUAAGGCGACUUUGGGCGACUUUAGGUCCCAGAGUAGGCCUAUUUCACCUUGCACGAGCUGCACGCAUUUAUAAAAUACACGUCAUCUAGUUAUAAAACACGAUCUGCUGUCUUUUAGUUUUGCCAUGGAUGACAUGGAUGAGAUUUUCCUUCGUGUUUUAGACAGUACUUAGUUGUUUUUGUUUUGGAAUAACAUCGACAUUGGCGAGUAGCAGAACGAAAAUAUAAUGGAAGUAAUGAAAGAAACCCUUUGAAAGAGAUGUUUGUCUACUUCAACUAAACCUCCCGCAAAAAAUAGCAACAUUUGCCUCUCGGAGACAGCGUACCAGCACAAAGGAACGAGGAAGAAGUGCAAGAAAACAAAUCAAGCGGCUAUAAUUCAGUGACAGCGGCAGUGCCCAAUGUACAAACCACAUUGCAAACCGUGACCGAAGUCGAAAACAAGCGACAUUUCUAAGCAGAGUCCCAGUCCACUGCAUCACACCUUUUUGCUCGGACGCGCUCGUUUCACCGCCCAACCUUUAUCCGCCCUGCUUCCUACAGAGUAUGAGUUCCAGUUCCAGCCGUCAGCUGAAAGUUUACACCCGACGUGCACAGUUGAACAGAUAAAGCAAUCUUCAAGCGACUGGGAGUUAAUAACUUUCUUUGGCAAAGCUCUCCACCUUGCCGAACCUACUGUAGUAGGCGCGAAGAACCUCAAACUUAUAGAGAGUACGUUUGCAGAUACCACCGGACAAAUAACCGUUAAUUUGUGGGCAGAACUAACACAAGAAGUGGAAACUGGAAAGGUAUAUCGUAUCGCUCCCAUACAGGUUAGAAGCUGGAAUGGAAUUAAGAAACUAAGCACAACCCCCAACUCCGUCAUCACUUCAGUUUCUGAUCAAGCAGAACUGACUAACCUGCCCAUACCAGAACCAACUCCCGACGGCGAACAGAGUGCAAAUGGAAUCCUUAAUGUGCCCUCCAUUCACAGCGUGCACUCAGUGGAGACCUUUGUCCAUUGCAUAAACUGCGGACGGCGUUUGCUUCAAGCAACAGCAGCCAAGUUCAUACAGUGUCAAAGAUACAGUGCUUACAUGAGAACAGCCAACUGCUCGAAGAAACUAUGUGCUCGUAUUGUGGUACAGUCAGAUGAUACACUGCUUCACCUUACUGCAUUCGAAGAUGUUCUCAAGGAAGUGUUUCCUGACCUCGCUACGAUGUCAGAAGCAUCUCUGGCGGAAUUAAUACUUGAAAUGGAGUCCGUAACUAUUACCUACGACACCACCAAUCGCACCAUUAAAAAACUUUCCACUGAAAAGUGA